AUGAUACGGGUUCCAGUCCAGCUCUCUCAUGCUUCUGUCUGCGCUGUCCAUGAUGGCACUCCUUUGCGUAGCCCCGUGCAGGGCAACGGGGCCCUGGCCCACAAGAAGGUCGAGAGGGGGUUCCCCAAAGACUGCAGCAACAUUCCCAGGGACAGCCCCAGCGGGGUCCAUGUCAUCCAGCCGGCAGGCUCUCCCCCUCGAGUGGUGUGGUGUGACAUGGACACCGAAGGCAAAGGCUGGACCGUUGUCCAGAGAAAUUCUUACAACACAGAGAUCACCUGGAAGGAGUCCUGGAGCACCUACAAGUACGGCUUUGGGAACGUGCAGCAGGAUUACUGGCUGGGCAACGAGUACCUGUCCCUGCUCACGCGGCAGAACAUCUACAAGGUCCGCUUUGUCGUGGAGGACAAAUUCAACAACACCCGCUACGCAGAGUUCGACAUCUUCAGUGUCGAGGAUGAGCCCAGCGGGUACCCUCUGAGGCUGGGCAGGUACUCUGGGGACGGUGAGGACUAUCUCACCACCUAUCACUCCGGCCUGGGGGGCAUACACGACAACAUGAAGUUCAGCACGACUGACAAGGAUCAGGACCAGGCCAGUGGGAAUUGCGCAAGUAGCUAUGGAGGUUGGUGGUACGACAAGUGUCAGAACGUCCUGCUCAAUGGGAAAGGCUACAUCUACUGGGCAGGGUUCUGUAAGAGUGGGGAGUGCAAGUCUUCCCUCAUCCUGGUUAAGCCAACAGACGUGUGCUGUGUCCGGCAGGAGGAGCCCAUCCUCCUUGGGAGCCGGCGCCGCUAAGAAGGGGAGACAAUAUUAAAUCAGACACGGCGCGCCAUCCCCCACCUAAUCAGUGCAGUCCCUGCAAUGCCUCCACUCUGCUCACCCCCUUCCCUGUUGGCUUCUGCACGGUAAAUUCGCUGGAAUAAAUGCUGAGAGCUGACCCAGCUGGUGCGUUCGAAGGACACGAAGAGUGUGAUUGGUGUGUAUAACUGGAGCCCCACUUCCACUCUGCCUCGCUGGAAGCCAUGUCACUCACUACAACUUUAGACCCACAUUAACCUCUGCUUCUCCCAGCCCUGCCACUGCCCCUUGGCAUUAGUGAUCAAUGAAUCAUGACACUGGA